ACAGAUUUGCAAUUCAAGAGUCCUACCAUCAGAGGAUAGAAGAUCUUAGAUUUGCUUCCACCACUUCACCGGCUUCCAUUCCUGUCGCUAGAGAACUUCACAAGGCAGCGUAGAUUUCCCAUAGCUUGGUGCCUCUCUCUCUCUCUCCAAGAAUUUAUCUAUAUAUUCAUGAUUAUAAAUUUUAUGUUCUCUUUUCUCGACCGUUAUGAGCGUUUGUGGUCAUGAAGGUGUAUAAGAGAUUAUUUGUUCUCUAUCUUAUUCAUCAUGAUUGAUUUCCUUUUCUGCAUGUUUUUUUUUUAUUUGAAUUAAUUAAAUAUAUCUCGUUCACUUUUUAUUAGUUUUAUGUGAUUCUUUAAUAUAAGACAAUAAAUUAACAUGGGUCGACCAGAAGAUCCGUUAUGGGAGCAUGUAGAUAAAUUAAAAAAUGGUCGUUUAUCCUGUAAAUUUUGUCAUCAUCAAUUUGCAAGAGGUAUUUCUAGGGUUAAAUGGCAUUUAUCUGGCCUUGAGGGCCACGAUGUUAAAGUUUAUGAAAAAGUGCCACAAGAUAUUUUGUUAGCAGUGCAACAAGUAUUCGACACUCCCAAUAAGAAAGGUAUACAUAUUAAUGUAUAAAAAAAAAGGGAAAGAUAGACAAGUUGAGGAAGAAAAUUGCUCAGUUCCUUCAUCGUCUGGUGGCAACGAAAAGGAUAAGUGUCAACUACUGAAUAAACAAUUGGCCAAGUUCUUCUUCUCAUUUGGCAUUCGUCCUGAGAUCAUUGUCUCUCCCAUCUUUGAGGACUUUGUGAAGAGUAUUGUUGAAUAUAGGCCCAGGACUAAUCAACUGGAAAGUACUUUUACUGAUGAGCAGGAAUUGAUGUCAGAUUUUAUCUAUCCGGGAAUUAUUAUAAGUUGUUGUGCUGCUGAAUUGAUUGAUGACUUCUUGGUUGGUAUGAAAUGGGAUUUGCGUUCUACACUCGGAUUUGUGAAUUUAAUAUUUAAUACUUAUUAUUAUUACAAACCGUCAUCAAGAGGAGGCUUGAAAAUACCAAGGAAAGCUGAUGCAUUCAUUUUAUUAAUGCUAAAAUCAGUUUUAAAUAUGGAAGAUGAAUUGCAAGUCGUUUCAUUUUCUAGUAUAAUAGGGUCGAGUGAGGAAGUAAAGUUGCUUGAAGAUGAGCAAGAGAAAGCAUCAUGUUUUAUAUGUGCAAAAUUUCUUGAUUACAUUAUUAGCCAAAAGGAGUUUUGGGGUCGAGUGAAAUCAAUAGCACAAGUGUGGGUUAUAUUAUUUCAAACUCGUCGCUUGGUUAACCUCGAGGACUCAAAUAUAGGAUACGUAUAUCAGAUGAUGGAAAUGCUAAAAGAUGGCAUUGAAAAAAGUCGUGAACAGGACCACUUCAUGUAUGAUUGUAGCUGGAAAAAGUUCAGUGAAAUGCAAAAGAAGAUUAUUCAUCCAAUACAUGCAGCUGCAGCCUUUUUAGAUCCGGCUUAUAUGUAUAUGGAUAAUUUUGAGAUGAAUGCUGAAAUGAAGGCUGGUUUAGAUUAUAUGUUUGAAAACAUGAUUGAUUCAGAUGAAAAAGAAGCCUUCACAAUGGAACUACAAAAAUAUCUCAUGAAAUUGCCAGAGUUAUUCACUGCUCAAGCAAUAACAAUGUUAAAAACAUGGCAUCCUCGAAUAUGGUGGGACUUUUGCGGAAAACAUACAGUACCGGUAUUAAGUAAAUAUGCAAUUCGAAUAGUCAGCCAACCUUGCAGUAAUUUAUUUUGUAGGCGCUAUUAUGAUUUGCUGCGAGGUGGUCAUGAAUGGAGGGAAGAUGGGAGACCAGACGAACAUGAAAUGGGAGAAGGUUGGAUAAAAAGGGUCAAUACAAUGAUCAUGAAUGAAAAUUCUAGAUCACUAAAGUUAGAGCCAAUCAUUCUUGAUAAACUUGGUGAAGACCUCGGUGCUUUUAUCGAUUCUCAGUAUUGUACUAAAAGCUACAUUAGUUAUGUUAAAUGGAGGGGGCGCCCACACGGGCAGACCCCCCCUUUAUUGCUGCAUGCGUUAUAACGCAUGGUUUAAAGCCAUGCGUUACACAGCCGGUAAACGCAUGGCUUUAAGCCAUGCGUUUCCAGCAUAUUGAAGGCUGGCCUUUAAGGCCAGCCGUGUAGGGGGGCUAUAUAUAGCCCCCCUCCUUUUGAUACUGAUGCAUCAAUCACAAUAUAGUGAAACUCUCUCUCUCACUUGUUCUCUCUUGAAAUAGUUUAUAGGCUGUGGAUUUAUUAAGUGUUACUCUAGUUUUAUAACUACGUAGUACACUUUACCACUAAGAGAAAACGCUUGGUUUUUUGUCGCGCUGGAGAAACUUGUGGAGCAUUUCUUUAAGCUAAACCUGAGAUACUUUUCGCUGUGCA